GCAAGGGAGGGGAAAUAACGGAAAAGAGAAGGGGUGGCUUGGUUGUCUGUGUGCCUGAAGGGAGACGGGGGAAAAAAACAUCUCUCCGACCUCGCAGCUACAAGACGCGCAGCUCCUCCUUUCCAAAAGAAGAGACUAAAUCCUCGCCGCAGCGAUGGGAGUGGAAGGCUGUACCAAGUGCAUCAAAUACCUGCUGUUUGUCUUCAAUUUUGUCUUCUGGCUGGCAGGAGGGAUCAUUCUUGGUGUGGGAUUAUGGAUUCGUCAUGAUUCACAAACCUCACUCAUCUUGCAGUCAUCACUAGAAGACCAGCCCGCUCCAAACACAUUCUACAUUGGAAUCUACAUUUUGAUUGCUGUUGGAGCAGUGAUGAUGUUUGUGGGUUUCCUAGGAUGCUAUGGAGCAAUCCAGGAAUCGCAGUGCCUUCUGGGAACAUUUUUUACAUGCCUCGUCAUCUUAUUUGCUUGUGAAGUGGCUGCUGGCAUCUGGGGAUUCGUUAAUAAGGAUCAGAUUGCCAAAGAUCUCAAACAGUUUUAUGAUCAAGCAUUGGUUCAAUCAAAAGACAAGGAUGAGAACAAAGCAAAAAAGGCACAUGCUGUUGUGAAAACUUUCCAAGAAACACUAAAUUGCUGUGGCAGAGAUUCAAUUACAGCUGUGUUCAACAGUGACUGCACUAUAGAAGAAGCACUGCGAACAGGCUCUUGUCACUCUAAAAUCGAUGAGCUGUUCUCUGGAAAGCUGUACUUGAUUGGCAUUGCUGCCAUAGUAGUGGCUAUAAUCAUGAUCUUUGAGAUGAUCCUGAGCAUGGUGCUGUGCUGUGGCAUUAGGAAUAGUUCUGUCUAUUGAGAAGAGGAAGAAGAGCGCAAAGUGGUGGUGCCACUGUGACCCGAAGUGCCACUGCCUGAUCAGGAGACACUUGUAACAAAAAAGAAAAAGAAAAUUAUGUAUAUAACUUUUCAGAUAUUAUCCUACAGAGCGUAUCAUUCUUACUUGGAAGUCUUGUUCAUUUUAAAGGAUGGGGGAAAGGGGAGUUUUCUGUAUAUUUGUGGCAAAAUUAGUUACACACCGGUUUAUGGUUUUUUUUAAAAAAAGGCUAUCCUGUUGGUGGUUCCUGGCUUUUAUCAAAAAAUAGCCUUUCUCUCCUUCUUCUCAGCCGUUGCUCCCAUUUUAUCAAGAGGGAAUUUAUGAAUUUAUUCUUCAAGGGGUUUCUCUUUCUGAGGAAUGUGGAAAGUGUUUUGCUUUUUUUGUCCUCUGGUGGAAAUAAAGUAAAAUCUUUCUGUUCCAACUUUUUUGGAACUCUUGGAUUCUUGGACUAAAUGUGUGAACAUAAGUGUACAAGAGUCCCUGAGUAGAAUUAAACUGUUUUGCUAUUCUGUUACUAAACAUGCACAUUUGUCAGUAUUUUUUAUAAUAACAACCCCACCUUCAUUAAAAAGAUUUUUAACCAAUUUGCAUAAAUCUAUUACCUUGAUGUCCAUUAUGUUUCCUGGAGACAAAGCAAGGAUCCAAGUCACAAAUCUUCACAAAAUACUAAUUUACAGAAAGGAAAAGUUAGCCCCCCAACCUCGUUUCUUAAUUUUGAUAUAAUUCUCUUUUUUUUUUUAGAUGUAGGUCUAAUAAUGGAAUAUACAUUCUUUCAAUAUCUUAACACCCACAUUGCUUACAUUACUACUUCCGCUGCAAAUAUUGCCUAACGUUUGCUUGAUAAAUGUGUAGUAUUCUAAUGCCAAAAAUAAUUAUUGGGGGAAACCAAUUGAAUAAUUCUUGGAAGCCUGUUUAUUAAAUGUAAUUUGUUGUUUUUUAAGGAAGCAACUAUUCUGUGUCAUUGAAAAGACUUGAAUAAAGCUAGAUAAUGUCCCUCAAGAUACCAUAAAUAGGGGUAUAACCCCAAAAGUAAAACUUUGAACCUGUUCUCCAGUAUCAUCACGACGAAUAAAUAUUUUUUUUAAACCUAAGCCUUUCAUACUUGUUUUCUGGCAUCAGACACAAGUACCCAAAUAACCAGGUUUUUGCAUCAUGGCAUGCAUUUCAUUGUUUGUCCCAUCUCCUGCAGAGUCCUGUGUUUCCUCAUCUCCACACACCAGAAAUAAAACAAGAAAACUAUAAGCUGGGCAAUUUUCCAGAACUUCUAACCUCAUCUAUCAUGUUUCCAGAUAGAUACCUCUUUCAUAUCAAUCCAGCUGAGAGUUCACAAAAUGAUCUCUUUAAUUUUCUGACCAUUCUUUUCCACUUAUCCAUCCUUAGUGCAAAACUGGAAAUUGUCUUCUCCUCUCCCCAGUUCUGCUAACUGUAUUUUCUGUUAGCCUCCAGAUGUUUGAAAAUCAUCUGGGACAAUUGGUAUUGUUGUCCAAUACAUCUGGAAGUUCCCAAAUCGGGGAAUAUUCAUUGUGCCAUAGAAUGUCCAUAAGUGUAGAGUUCCAUUUUUGAAAUUCAGAAUUCACUAAUACAAAUAUAAGCUUAUCCUGUUCACCACCUCUUAGUUCCUCAAAUUUAUCUUCCACGCUGUUUUCAUGCUGUUCUUGAAGAAAUCAUUUUAAUCUUGGUUUCUUCUGCUGUCCCACAUCAGGUGCAGUAGAUUCAGCGUCCUUUAAAAUAGUAGUUGGAACAAAUGAGCUGGAUGUGAGCUGAAUCAAUCCACAUUUAACUAAAAGGAAGACAAUUCUAAAGUUAAAAUAUUAGUCUCUUCCCAUUGAAAGAAGUGGGGGGGAGACUUAACUGCCUCCUUGACUGUAUUCUUGUCUCUUUUUAAAGUAAAUUAUUUGAAGUAAAAACUUCCUUUCAGGCAGGCAAAGAAAAUAUAACAAUCUGGGUAAAUUAGAAUCUCAGGGUACAUAAGACAGAUCAGAAAAUGUUGAUUAGACAUUUAUUUCUCUCUCAGUCCCACCACACUGCCUCUUGUUCUCACUUUCUGGUGUAGGCAGCAACCAGAUUCGAUUCCUCCAUAGGGACUCUUUAAAUAUCUGUCCCAAAUCAAAAACAUUUUGUUUCUGGCAUCCUUAGGAAACUAUGUCUCAAGAGUCUUGCUGAUUAUGCUUGCAGGAAAUAAGGAAGGCAUCUUUUAGCCUUAGAAAUAGCCUUAAAGCAACACUGCCCUGAAUGUCAAGUUUGCAUGCACUAAAAACAAAAGUGAUGCUACCAGUUUUCAAAGGCUUUGGGGUUACAUGGUCCAAUAUAAUAGACUACACUAUACGUACAAAUCCUAGGUAUCAGUUGUGCAUGUACAUUUUGUCUACAUACAUAUAUUGUGUGUGCAUGUGCAUUGGGAUCACCAGAGUACAGAAUGGAUAUAUGUAACUCACAGCCUUUUAUUGGGUGUCCAUGAGAAAUGUGUAUAAAUGUACAACUAAAUAGUCUCUGUCUUGUUUUUCCUAUAUCGUAUUUGAAUAUUGUUCAGUGUUCAGUUGGUGAUAUGUAAGCAGCCAGAGUUCUCUUUUGAAAAUUAAAUACUCUGUCCUCUAGCAACUGAAAUGGAUCAAGUGCACUAUUAGGACAAAAAGUUAGCUUUGAGCAAAUAAUGCUUUUUAAAUAGAAAGUAUGGUAUAGGCCAGUGUUUCCAAAUUUAGCAGCUUUUAAGAUGGGUGGACUUCAACUCCUGAAUUCCCCAGCCAGCAUGCUUGAGGUCUCUAAAAGUUGUUGAGGUUGAUAAAUAUUGGCAUGAAGAUUGGAUGUCCUGGCUCAAUAUAAAUUUUAAUAGGCGAAAAGAAAAUUAAGGAAAUUUUUCUCCAGGUUGUUAGCAAAACCUGCCUAUUUGGAUGAAAAACAGAGUUUGAAAUGGCAAAAAGAAGAGAAUGCUUAAAAAGAUACCUGCCCUUUUAGAAGUUUUUAUUAGGAACAAAAUGUUUUUUGAGCAAUAGAUUGAAUGUGUACCUCUCUAAAUCAAGUAAAGUGGAGACUGCUAGAUUUUUUUAUUUAUACUUUUUUAUUUAUUUUUUAAUGGCAAGUAUGUUGCUUUUGUUCCUGGGACUAGAAAAGCAAAAGUGUUCACAAGCAUGAAGUCUUGAUUCAUAGAAUCAAAUUCCCAUUCUAAAAACCAAGAAAAUUGAGUAGCAAAUGAGCCAAUUUGGUUGACUUGAGCAGUGUAACUAUACCCAAUGUUUCCAAAACAAAGAGUUUGUAAUGUUAGUCAACAACAAAGAUAGGUAAGAAGCAUCUUCCAGCUGAUGAAUGUCUACUCCCAAGAUUCUUUGCUUUUGUGCUGGGUCUAAUGGGAGUUGCAGUACAAAACAUCAGAUUGAUUAUAUGGUCUAGAGAAAUUUAGAAAAUUAAAUCUAGAGAAGAUCCCAUUGGAAAACAAGUUAUCCACUCUUACUUCAAGCUGCAGCUGACAAAUGAUUUACAGAAAUGAAAUUCAUGUAUUGAAAGCAAGGUGGUGGAGAUCUUCCUGUUAUAUUGGGGGGGGGGGUUCCCCUGUAUGUAGAUUCCCCCCUCCUGUCUAGCUGAGCAUGCACAUGCAUGCUGUCUGAAAUGAUGCAGUCUCUGAUCAGUCAUAUUGUGUGAACUGCUGUUUGUGUAAAUGUGCCUAAGUCCCUUUUCAGUACCAGUAAUGACAGGAUCUGUUUCUUUAAUCUGUCUACAAAGAGCUGAGGGAUUAGCAAAAGAGACACAGAUGCCUUCCAGAUUCAAAAACUGGCUGAUAAAUUGGCUAAUGAAGUAUCCCAUGUGCGGUACCAUCUGCCAUAAAAUCAAGCCAUAAAAGUGCCUAUGUUGAGAUUGAAGGAAUACAAAAAAAUCCAUUUCAAUACAGCUCUUAAUGUUUGGAGGAAAGCGGUGAAUCAAAAAUGUUCAUUUCUAAAAUGAGAUGAAAGGCUUAGGUAGAAUGAAGGCUUCAUGCCAAUUGGAGCCAAAUUCAACAAAGUUUUAUCUUCACAAGAAUUUGUGUUAGAUCUAAGAAAAUUCAUACUGGUUAUGUGUCCCAGAUGAUAUAAAUUGGCAGACUUGGAAUAUGGAUAUGCCUCAGUCUUAAUUUUUUUAAGAUGCUUGGGGAAGGGUAGGAGGGAGAGAGAAAUUGUGAUAAAGAAAAAAAAAUCUUAUAAAAAGCCAGUGCAGAGUCAAUGUGCCCUUUUAAGACUACUUAUUUAAGGAGAGUAGGCUUUCUCAGUCCAUUCUUCUCUGUAACGUUUGGGGAAUUCUAAGAAUUGAAAUCCAUUAUUCUGGAGAGGACCAGAUUGUGGAAGGUCAGUAUACUGUACUGGGAGGCCAAACUGAGCUGCUGGCAACAUGGAACUGAAUGCUUUGUUUUGUUUUAUAUAAGAGAACCUGUCACAAGCUAUGUUAACUUUUCUUCUUUGGCUUUUUUUUUUUUACUUUUAAAUAUUUCAAUAAACAUUUUCUCUAGCGUG